ACAAACAUGCUCAGCUGUUUGAGAUUGUUGCUCGUUCAAAAAUGUCAAUUUAAACAAUUAUUAGGUACAUUUUAAGUCUGUAAAGUAGUUUUCAAGGCUGUAGGUUGUUGUUAGAAUCCUUUCUUAUUGUCAAAAUGCCGAUUUUGGUCAAGGAUUACGAUUGGGAAGAAAGCGAAGARACUGUCAGAAUAACUGUGCCACUCAAAGGUGUUAAGCCUAACAAAGUUGACAUAUUUUCYACAGAAGAAUACAUCAAGGUCAGUUAUCCGCCAUAUUUGUUUGAGGUCUUUCUGUUAGCCUCUGUGGAAGAUGUAAAGAACAAAGCAACAGUUGGUAAUGGCGUCGUUGUAUUCAGUCUGGUUAAGAAGGAAGCGGGACUAUGGGRCACUCUGCAGCCAGCUGAGGUAGAGGACAAGGAUUUCACAAAGAGAAAAAGAGAGGACGCCAUYAAGAGGGCUCACGAGAGAGCAGAAGAGGAACAGCAGCUGAAAGAAACUCAAAAAAGAGARCAAGAACGUUAUGCUCUCAGACAGCAAAUGAAGAGGGAAGAAGAGGAAAGGAAAAGGAUAGAAGAAAUSAAAGAGGAGGAACGAAGACAAGCUUCAGCAGCCAUUGAAGAAWUGAAAAAUCAUCACGCUAAAAAAGAACCAUCAUUGAGUCACUUAGACAGUGAUGAUGAUGCUGAUGACUGCAAUGAUGGUGAUCAUUAUGAUGGUGAUGUUGAAUCAAAUGUCAAUCAAGACAUCACAGUUAUUAAUGGUUAUAAAGAUGWCAUUGACCCUGGACACAAAAAUCAAAAAUCAGCAUCAAAAACACACUCAAAAACAAAAUCACAAACUAGAGCUAGAAAUCAAAGCAAAAAUAAAAAGAAAGAUAUUUUAGUCCAACCUCUACCUGAACCUAGGCAGGCUGGAUGCAUCCAAGUAUCAUUCACACCAAGGGCUUUCAAAACRGCYGCAAGAGAAUCCAAGGCUCCUGAGGAGGAAGAGUGGCUUAAGAAAGUAGCCGAAGCAAGCCGUAAUAAAAAGACUUUGAAAGAUGAUCCUGAUGCWGUUGACAUGGAAGAGAUGAAUCCACUAUGGCUGAAGGACAAAGGAAUAGGGUUCUACAAGUCAGGAAACUAUGUUGCUGCUAUCAAUGCCUUUACUGCUGCUCUUGUACUUGAUUCAAAUAUACCAUCUCUGUUUUCAAACCGUGCUGCGUGUCAUCUUCACAUGAAGCAAUACAAAGAAUGUGUCCAAGACUGCACUUCGGCAUUAGAGUUACUCACACCGCCAGUACCUGACAAUGCAUCAUCUAGAUGUAAAGCAUUUGUUAGAAGAGGAACAGCAUUGUUUCAACUUGAUGCAUAUGUAGAAGCCCUAAAAGAUUAUGAAGAAGCUUUAAAGUUAGACCCAACAAAUGCAAGUUUACAAAGUGAUGCUGACAAAAUACGACAUAUUAUUCAAGGAACAUCUUCAUGACAAGUGUUAUACAUAUAUACAGGAGAAGGCAAACACAUAUUUUUACAUAAAGCUGGACAGACCAUUUCUAUAAAGCUUGCUGUCAAGUGGCCAAUUCUAUAUCAUGUUUUUUUUAUUUUUUAACUCAUUUAUGAUGUUGGUUCAUAAAUACGUCAUCACUCAGUGAAGCAAGUCUGUUAAGACAAAGAGAAUUCAUCUAAAAGCAACCAACACAGUUAUAUGAAUGUGUUAAAUGAAGCACACUGAGACACUUUCUAAUGAUUGCUAAUAAUGACAUUGACYCAUGUAAAAAGGAAACUUUUAUUCUUGAUGAUAGAGUGUACAAUUAUAGUUACAUGAAAUUACCACUAAAAAUGGAUGAUUACUUAACAUAAGAAAUGGGGUUUUACUAAAGUUGUUGUUAGAGCGGUUCUCAUUAACCCGUGAAACAAAGUGUAAUAGUCAAAGUGUAAUAAAAUGUAAUAGCCAAGAAAUAUAAUAGAAAACAAAAGAGACAAAGUGUAAUAAAGUGUAAUACGCUAAAGUGUAUUUCACGGGUUAAUGAGAACCACUCUACACUUAACCCAUAAAUAAUGUUGGUAAACUUCUAGUUAGUACAUUUAGUUGACAUUAUUUUGAUUGUUUUUGUGUCGGUAGAGUGAAGUCAAAAGUUUACUGUGAAAAAAAAGUUUACUAUUAUAGUGUGAUAGUCAAAUACACAAAUAAAUGCAUCAAAACAU